AGAAAACAACUGCAAUUGCGAGGGUGACCAGCUCUGUAUUGAGGCUUCGAUCCAUGGUGAAGAACAAGAGGAAGCCGGAGGACACCGAUAUUGAGACUGCACACGGCCAACUACCGCAUACAUCCAUAAUCAAUGACACAGCGUCCCCGUCAAGCCGCGUUACGGCGCUGUUUGGCGAGAUAGACUUGGCAAAGUCCGGCUCAGAGCCAAUAGGGAUGGUUGGUGUGAAGCCGAGGAAGAGGGCGGUUGCGAGUGUGAUGAGAGCUGUGGUGGGCGUGGUGGGGGAGGUGCCGGAAACGCCGCAGACGAUGGGGAAGAGGUCAUCGCGGACUGGCCUUGGCCAGCUACCAACUGAGGAAGGGACUAUCAAUGCACUGGCUGCUGAUAUCCCUGCUCGGCGCUUCCUAUUCCCACAUAAACCAUCUUCAUCGCCAAUAAAGGAAAAGGAGAUGGGCACGUGUACGAACCGCCUCCUCUCACCCCCACCACAUCCUACGAAACUACACGACGACACAACCGACUCCGAACCCGAACCUCCAUCUCCCACCUCUCCAUCGCAUCCCCUUUCUGCGGACGGAUCGUCGGGUUCGAGUGGGAGUUCGUCCCCACCAAAACCAAGCACCGAACUGCAAAAAUAUCAACGAUGGAAAAAGAGACAGGACCAGAUAUAUGCAUGGCGCACACGUGAAACACGAGACGCCAGAGAAAGACGAUAUGAGAGGAGGAGUGUGCAUGUAAAAGAGGGUGCGAGGAGUGCGGGGACGAGUCCAGAGAAGGGGGUUGGCGCCGGGAGGAGGGUGAGGUUUUCGAUGUGAGGUGUAUGCAGACGAGAUGAUGCGGACAGUGUACGAUAUAUAAGAGGAUGGAAGACAUGGGAAGCCGUAUACGACAAGGGACGCGAUUUUGUGGGGGGCUUUUUGGUUGCAAUAGUAUGGACUACAGUAUACCCAGGCAGGGUGCAUAUGCAUAGACGGACGAAGGGUCGAGUUGUCGGCGUU